CAGGUGAAGUCUGGAGCAAGACUCUGAGGCUUUCUGUCCUCCAUGCUGCUCACUAAAAAAGGGGCUGUGAACUGUGCUUUGACUCUAGCUGACAGGAAGAAUUUCUGGCCCAACGGGAAGUGAGAAGAGGGGAGUGAGUCUCCUGAGGACCAUCCCAAAGGCCACGGGGAUCACCGAAUAAUCCUCGAUGUGAAUCAAUCCCAUGAUGCAACAUGCCUCCCCAGCCCCAGCUCUGACGAUGAUGGCCACGCAGAAUGUCCCUCCCCCACCCUACCAGGACAGCCCACAGAUGACGGCAACCGCCCAACCACCCUCCAAGGCCCAGGCUGUCCACAUCUCUGCACCCUCGGCUGCUGCCAGCACACCUGUGCCCAGUGCCCCCAUUGACCCCCAGGCCCAGCUGGAGGCUGACAAGCGAGCUGUGUACAGGCACCCUCUUUUCCCGCUCCUGACGCUGCUGUUUGAGAAAUGUGAACAGGCCACCCAGGGCUCUGAGUGCAUCACCUCCGCCAGCUUUGAUGUGGACAUCGAGAACUUUGUCCACCAGCAGGAGCAGGAGCACAAACCCUUCUUCAGCGAUGACCCAGAACUGGACAAUCUGAUGGUGAAGGCAAUCCAGGUCCUGAGAAUCCACCUGCUGGAGCUGGAGAAAGUCAACGAACUCUGCAAGGACUUUUGUAACCGUUACAUCACCUGCCUCAAAACCAAGAUGCACAGCGAUAACCUGCUCAGGAAUGACCUCGGGGGACCCUACUCUCCCAACCAGCCCUCCAUCAACCUUCACUCACAGGACCUCCUGCAGAAUUCCCCCAAUUCCAUGUCUGGAGUCUCCAAUAACCCCCAGGGGAUUGUGGUCCCAGCCUCAGCGCUCCAGCAGGGCAACAUCGCCAUGACAACCGUCAACUCACAAGUCGUGUCAGGUGGAGCCUUAUACCAACCGGUUACCAUGGUAACCUCCCAGGGUCAGGUGGUCACCCAAGCAAUCCCCCAGGGAGCCAUCCAGAUCCAGAACACACAGGUUAACCUUGACCUCACCUCCCUCCUGGACAAUGAGGAUAAGAAGUCCAAGAACAAACGAGGAGUCUUGCCCAAGCAUGCCACCAAUAUAAUGCGUUCUUGGCUCUUCCAGCAUCUCAUGCACCCCUACCCCACCGAGGAUGAGAAGAGACAGAUCGCAGCCCAGACCAACCUCACCCUCCUGCAAGUAAAUAACUGGUUCAUCAAUGCCCGGAGGCGCAUCCUACAGCCCAUGCUUGAUGCCAGCAACCCAGACCCUGCCCCCAAAGCCAAGAAGAUCAAGUCUCAGCACCGGCCCACCCAAAGAUUCUGGCCCAACUCCAUUGCUGCGGGGGUACUGCAGCAGCAAGGUGGUGCCCCGGGGACAAACCCCGAUGGUUCCAUCAACUUGGACAACCUGCAGUCCCUAUCCUCAGACAACGCCACCAUGGCCAUGCAGCAAGCUAUGAUGGCUGCCCACGAUGACUCAUUGGAUGGGACAGAAGAAGAGGAUGAGGACGAGAUGGAAGAGGAGGAAGAGGAGGAACUGGAGGAGGAAGCCGACGAGCUGCAGACGACGAAUGUCAGCGACCUGGGCUUGGAACACAGUGACUCCCUGGAGUAGUCUGGCAGCCCCCAUGGCACUGAUCACCGAGCAGGAGAGGAGUGUCGUUGGGAGGGCUUCAGGGUGGGGGGGAAGGGGACCCGGGCAGGCAGCACCGAGGAAGUUGGGCCCCAGCUUCCCAAAAUCAGUAGCUUGAAGAAAUGCAGAGGAGACACCCUGCCCCUUCCCAACCUCCAAGCUUCGAGUACCCCAGCCCCACUUCCCUGAAACUGCAGAGGACUCUGUUUGGCGGGGCCCGUCAAGCAGCCUGUACGGAAAGACAAGAAUGAGAUCUGGACUCAGCAAAUCCCCAAGGACAGAUGGCACCAUGGAACUCCCCACAGAAGGACUUGAGUUGUUUACAAGCCCUGCACCGUGAGGCGGAUGGGUGCUGUUCACAGAGUGGGCCUUGGCCAGGGGACAGACUUGGGAAAAAAAGGGAGAGACACAGGGGGACUGGGUUCCAUUCCCAGAAGGUUCUCAGCUCCUUUGAGAGACAUUCAAGGGCAGGAGGGAGCCCAAAAGCAUAACCAGUGGCCAGAGGGUUUGGAGGGCCUGAGGCAUAACAUCUUACUGAUCAGAGUGGGACCUGGAAUCCACAGGGUUACAGCUGAUCCCUCAGAGGCCCCAUUUCUGGGCACAGCAACCAUGGACUUGGGAGAGAGGGACGGGAGCCAGCAGGGCCUCCUUUGCUCUCUCCUAGAAACAAAUUGUAUACUGGUUGGCUCAACCUGUAGGGGAUUAAUUGGAGUCCCUUCACCUGGGUUGGCUCCAGGAGCCAAGGAGACUGCAGACGCUGGGCAAGGAGCCAUAUCAAGGUGACUUGGGGGCCAGGGCUGUCCCUAGGUGGUCACAGAACUCAGCUCCUGUAACAGCAGGACGAUGGUGUCUUACCCUAGAUGUUCCCACCCUCAGAUGGAGCUCCUCACGUGUUCCACCCCCUCCGUAGACCUUCUGCGAGAGUGGAGCCAGGUUAGCUGGGAAUCUUUCCAUCCUGCAGGUGCCAUGGCUGUCCCUCUGCUCCCACUCCAUCGGACCUCCAGCCUCCCUUCUUCGUUCUAUCCUUCAGAGAAGGCAGAAGAAACAUUGGAGAGAAGCAUCUAGCUCACCGGGAAGCCAGGGGUUGAAGAAGGUGCUACACCCCUCUUUCCAUCAAUAUCCAGAAUGUGAUGAGGGCCCGGAGAAAUGGCACCCAAGAGCCUGCAGGGUGCCCCACCCACCCGCCUCGCUGUUCUAAUACCACCAUCCACAGCCCUGGAGGAACUGGGGCUCCUGGGAAGAGGCAGCGGCUUUCCACAGUCUGCCCUAACACACACCCUCCCAUCCCACCUUCCAGACCCCCACCUUUGGCACCCCUCCUCCUGUUCCCUCUCUCCCCUACUUCUGCGAAUGACAGGACUGAUCACACGUGUGUUUCCCAUUGGAUUUAAUUUAAUGGACGUGCGGUUUCAUUUGUAAAUUGUGCAUUAGCCAUCUCCUUCAGUGGCAGGAUGUGAGUGGCUACGUGGCUCCACUGGAGGAACCCUUGGGCCCCUCUGGGGCUUCCCCUCCCCCACCUGGUUGGGGCGGAGCAAAAGGAUGGUCGCUUUCCUGAGGUCUCCCUGAAAUGAAUGUAUUUCUCCCCCAAAAGAGCUGAUAUUUAAUGUUUUAAUAGGGAUUUUUGAGAAACAAAUAACCUUAUUUAUAAUCUGGGUGAUCCAAUCAUUUUUUACUCCCUUUUGAUGCCAUAGGUAGAGGAAAGUCUAGCUUUUUUGGCGUGAGACUUUUGCAACGUGCCGUGGGAUAAAAUGCAUUUCCUCUUCUGGUUUUUCUUCUUACACUUGCACACACGCGCGCGCACACACACACACAUCCUUUCACUCACCACCUUGACAGGCGUCCUCCCAGCACAAGCUCGCCCACACACACGUGCUCACAUCUCUUCCUCCCAGCCCCCUCCACCUGCCUAAUGUUAUGCAACCUCCUUCUGAUGUAUCCACCAAACCAGUACUGAAUGUGGCCGCGAAGUUUUCAGUAAAUCUUAUUACCUACCAUAA